CCUUCCUCUCUAACCCGUCUCUCCCGAUGUGAACCGAGCGACUCACAAGCCACCGAAGCCACCAACCCACCAUGUCGCGCCGCAAGCAAGGCAAACCCCAGCACUUAAGCAAACGGGAAUUUUCACCCGAACCUCUUGAAGCCAUUCUCACUGAUGACGAACCUGAACAUGGCACAUUGGGAGCUCCGGAAGGGGACCACGACCUCCUCACUUGUGGCCAGUGUCAGAUGAACUUCCCGUUGGGGGACAUUCUUAUUUUUAUUGAGCACAAACGGAAACAAUGCAAUGGCAGUCUCUGCUUAGAGAAGGCUGUGGAUAAGCCACCUUCACCCUCACCAAGUGAGCUGAAAAAGGCAUCCAAUCCUGUGGAGGUUGGCAUCCAGGUUACGCCAGAGGAUGACGAUUGUUUAUCAACGUCAUCUAGAGGAAUUUGCCCUAAACAGGAACAUAUAGCAGGUAAAGACGAGCCCAGCAGCUACACGUGUACGACUUGUAAACAGCCUUUCAACAGCGCCUGGUUCCUCUUGCAGCACGCACAGAACACGCACGGCUUACGGAUCUACCUAGAAAGCGAGCACGGCAGCCCCCUGACGCCACGGGUUGGUAUCCCAACAGGACUAGGUGCAGAGUGCCCUUCCCAGCCACCUCUCCACGGGAUUCACAUUGCAGACAAUAACCCUUUUAACCUGCUCAGAAUACCCGGCUCGGUCUCGAGGGAGGCGUCGGGGCUGGGAGAAGGGCGUUUCCCACCCACGCCGCCCCUCUUUAGCCCUCCCCCGAGGCACCAUUUGGAUCCGCAUCGCAUUGAGCGCCUGGGUGCGGAAGAAAUGGCUCUGGCCACCCAUCACCCUAGUGCCUUUGACAGGGUGCUGCGACUGAACCCCAUGGCGAUGGAGCCCCCCGCUAUGGAUUUCUCCCGGAGGCUGCGGGAGCUGGCCGGCAACACCUCCAGCCCGCCCUUGUCCCCGAGCCGGCCCAGCCCUAUGCAAAGGUUGCUGCAGCCCUUCCAGCCCGGCAGCAAGCCCCCGUUCCUGGCCACGCCGCCCCUUCCUCCUCUGCAGUCCGCUCCUCCUCCCUCCCAGCCGCCCAUGAAGUCCAAGUCCUGCGAGUUCUGCGGGAAGACCUUCAAGUUUCAGAGCAACCUGGUGGUCCACCGCCGGAGCCACACCGGGGAGAAGCCCUACAAGUGCAACCUCUGCGACCACGCCUGCACGCAGGCCAGCAAGCUGAAGCGCCACAUGAAGACCCACAUGCACAAGUCCUCCCCCAUGACGGUGAAGUCGGACGACGGGCUCUCCACCGCCAGCUCCCCUGAGCCGGGCACCAGCGACCUGGUGGGCAGCGCCAGCAGCGCCCUCAAGUCCGUGGUGGCCAAGUUCAAGAGUGAGAACGACCCCAACAUGAUCCCCGAGAACGGGGACGAGGAAGAGGAGGAAGAGGAAGAGGAGGAGGAGGAGGAGGAGGAGGAAGAGGAGGAGGACUUGAACGAGAGCGACAGGCCGGACUACGGCUUCGGGAUGAGCCUGGAGGCGGCCCGCCACCACGAGAACAACUCGCGGGCCGGCGAGGAGGGACGGUCGAUGCCGGAUGUCAUGCAGGGCAUGGUCCUGAGCUCCAUGCAGCACUUCAGCGAGGCCUUCCACCAGGUCCUGGGGGAGAAACACAAGCGGGGCCACCUCCCCGAGCCCGAAGCGCACAGGGACACUUGCGACGAAGACUCGGUGGCCGGCGAGUCCGACCGCAUCGACGAGGGGGCAGUCAACGGCCGGGGCUGCUCCCCGGGGGAGUCCGCCUCGGGAGGCCUGUCCAAAAAGCUGCUGCUGGGUAGCCCCAGCUCCCUGAGCCCCUUCUCCAAACGCAUCAAGCUGGAGAAGGAGUUCGACCUGCCGGCCGCCGCCAUGCCCAACACCGAGAACGUUUACUCCCAGUGGCUGGCGGGCUACGCCGCCUCCCGGCAGCUGAAGGACCCCUUCCUCAGCUUCGGCGACUCCCGACAAUCGCCCUUCGCCUCCUCCUCUGAGCACUCCUCGGAGAACGGCAGCCUGCGCUUCUCCACGCCGCCGGGCGAGCUGGAUGGAGGGAUCUCAGGCCGCAGCGGCACGGGAAGCGGAGGGAGCACCCCCCAUAUUAGUGGCCCGGGCCCUGGCAGGCCCAGCUCAAAAGAGGGCAGACGCAGCGACACUUGUGAGUACUGUGGGAAGGUCUUCAAGAACUGUAGUAAUCUCACCGUCCACAGACGGAGCCACACGGGCGAGAGGCCGUAUAAGUGUGAGCUUUGCAACUACGCCUGCGCCCAGAGUAGCAAGCUCACCCGGCACAUGAAAACACACGGGCAGGUUCGGCGUACCCCCCCAGCUGGCGCAGCGCCCAGGGAGCCCCGGACGUCUGGCAGUUUUCGGAUGGAAGUUCAAGAGCACUUAAAUUCUGAAAGGAGGUGAAGCUGGGGCGAGCGGCCGGCGGCGUCUCGGCAUCCGGAGGUGGCCUCUGUCCUGCUGGCUCGCCGCAUCCCCGGGAGAGCCUGAGAAGUCACCCGCCGAAGGCAGCGCUCCCCGGGCUCCUCCUGCCUGCAAGACUAUCGUAUUUAUAUUUUGUAAUAGAGUACGACACUUCUUUGGGGUUGGUUUUUUUUGUUCGUUUGUUUGUUUCUUUUUUUAUUUUCUAAAAACAAAAAAAGCAA